AUGAAAACUUUGAAAAACUCUCCGCCGGUGGCAUUUGUUUUGAUUUGAUGUUAUAUUUAUUUUAUUUAUCCACAUUCAUAUAUAUCUUAUAUUUUGCCUAUUAAUCAUACAAAAUGAGCCGUCGUAAGCGAACUAAGGUGGAAAACCGUGAAGUGGAUGAAAAACUUAAACAGGAAGAUUCAGAAUCAGAUCAGUCUGAAAAAAAUAAAAUGACAGCAGCGAGUCCCACAUUAUUUGGAACGAGGCGGGAAUCACUGUCCAGUAAGACAUUAGAUAUUAAAGAACCGAAGAAAGAAGAGAAAUCCGUAGUUUUUGAAGACUGUAAAAGUGAUGAUAUUGAAGAAAUAAAUUACAAGGAAAUGCUAAAUAGCUUGGAAGGUGCAGCAUUCCAAUCCAGAUUGCCUUUUGACAAGAUGUCAUCUUUAGAAGCAGAAUGUUUCUCCGACCUCCAAGGAGCUUCCAGCCAUACAUUUGUCCAGAUAAGAAACAGAAUUUUAAAAUUAUGGUUUGAAGAUCCUAAGAAACAGCUAACUCAAGAAGGUUGUGUACAGAAAAUGGAACCUCCAUAUAAUGCCGAUCCACCUUUAAUAAUGCGAGCACAUGCAUUUUUGGAAAGACAUGGCUUCAUUAAUUAUGGUAUUUAUGAAAGAAUAACACCAAUUCCUUCACCUCCAAAAGGAAAACAGAGGCCAAAAGUCAUUAUAAUUGGUGCAGGUGUAUCAGGCUUAGCAGCUGCACGUCAGUUGCAAUCAUUUGGUUGUGAAGUUGUAAUAUUGGAAGGCAGAGAUCGAGUUGGUGGCCGUAUUGUUACAUAUAGAAAAGGACCAUAUGUUGCUGAUUUAGGAGCCAUGGUGGUAACAGGCUUAGGUGGUAAUCCAGUAACAACAUUAUCUGUGCAAAUGAAUAUGGAAUUACAUAAAAUUAAACAAAAAUGCCCAUUGUAUGAAUCAAAUGGUAUACAAGUACCGAAGCAUAAAGACGAAAUGGUGGAGCGUGAAUUCAACCGUCUUCUAGAUGCGACAUCGUAUCUGUCUCAUCAAGUUGAUUUUAAUUACUACAACGACACUCCUGUCUCUCUCGGACAGGCUCUCGAGUGGGUCAUAAAGCUGCAACAGAAGAAUGUUAAACAUAAACAGAUUCAACAUUUAAAAGCUGUAAUAACCCUCCAAGAAAAAUUAAAAGGGAAUAUAAAUAAAAUGACAGAUAUCAAAGAGUUAUUGAAAUCAAUGAAAACGGAGAAAGAGAAUUUGUUAUCUGAGAGAGACAAAGUGGGUGCGGGCGAGACGGGUAUUCUACACGAGUUCAAUUUGCGACGACUCAAUAGAGAAAUGAACCAGCUCUGCAAUGAAUAUGACACUCUCAUCACAACAAACAACACUAUUGAAGAUAAAUUGACACAGUUAGAAACUAAUCCGCCAAGUUCAGUGUAUCUGUCAGUGCGUGACAGACAGAUCCUGGAUUGGCACUUCGCUAACCUGGAGUUUGCGAACGCGACGCCGCUCGGCAACCUUUCUCUCAAACACUGGGAUCAGGACGACGACUUCGAGUUUACUGGCAACCAUCUAACAGUUCGGAACGGCUACUCGUGCGUGCCGAUUGCAUUAUCCGAGGGCCUGGAUAUCCGGCUGGGGACCUCAGUCACUGAUAUUGAAUAUGGUGGUCCUGGGGUUGCCGUCAAGGCGGUCAGUCAGAGAACUCCGAAUCAACCUCAAACUUUUAAAGGUGAUGUGGUACUGUGCACUUUGCCGCUGGGAGUGCUCAAAGUUGCGGUCGCGAACAACGGACAGAACCAACAGAACUUUGUUAAAUUUGAUCCGCCGCUGCCCGACUGGAAGAUUGCAGCAAUCAAACGUCUCGGUUAUGGAAACCUGAAUAAAGUCGUGCUGUGUUUCGAGCGAACAUUUUGGGAUCCCAGCGCCAAUCUGUUCGGUCACGUCGGGACGACCACUGCAAGUAGAGGUGAGCUGUUCCUGUUCUGGAACCUGUACAGCGCGCCGGUGCUACUGGCGCUGGUGGCGGGCGAAGCGGCCGCGGUCAUGGAGAACGUCACCGAUGACGUCAUCGUUGGUCGUUGCAUCGCUGUACUCAAGAGCAUCUUCGGUCACGCCGCAGUGCCGCAACCUAAGGAGUGCGUAGUCACCAGAUGGCGCGCAGACCCGUUCGCUCGCGGUUCCUACAGCUUUGUGGCGGUGGGCUCCUCGGGCACGGACUAUGACCUGCUUGCCGCGCCCGUGCCCGGCGCUCCCGGAGACAACAGACUCUUCUUUGCUGGGGAACACACAAUGCGUAACUACCCAGCGACUGUGCACGGCGCGUUCCUGUCCGGGCUGCGCGAGGCGGGCCGCCUGGCUGAUCUGCUGCUACCACACGUCCCCAUACCUUCACACGUCUCCUAGCCCCACAGCCCGGUCCAUAGCAUCCUAGAUUCAUGCCUAGAUACAGGCAAUUGAACUAUAUGGAUAUGCUACAUGGACGUUGAUGAUACGACGGCGCUGCGGAACAAUAUUGUAUUUGAAUAAUACAGAAGUUUAAUAAUGUGGAUAAAGGGGGCUAUCGAUUGCAUCUAGCUGUUGUAUCCAGUACGGUUCACUUCCGCGAGCAUGACUGUGCCGCGAAGAUACCACGGUCGUGCGCCACCUUAUCAAUGAAAUGAUUUGUGUACUUGAUUUAUACUCAGAGUUAGUUAUUAGUUACUUAAACUUACCCCUGCCCUUAGUCCUUAUUCAAACGGGGUUUUCUUUAAGCGUUGAAAUUGAGCGUUGUCGGCUUUCGAGCGACGAACGCUUUGAAAUCAAUCAAGAUGCAAGACUGCGCGAUAAAAAAACGUCGUGUUGUAAAAACCGCUACCGUAUGAACAUAUGCAUUUGUUCUAUUUGAAUGCGGAAAAAAACGCCCGUGUGAAUUGGUUAGUCUAGAUUUAGUGUUAUACUUUAAUGAGAAUUAACGACUGGAUAUGCUAGUGGCAGCAAUAUUUCUUUGUAGAAUUACAGGUAGUAAUAAUAAGUAAUAGUAAAAGGUCAAUUACAAAUAC